AUGGACUGCGGCAUGUACCCCCACUCGACAUGCCUCUGUGGCGGCGACUGCGAGGUGCUCUCCACCCCCUCAGUCUCUGAAAUUCAAGUUCCCCUGGUGCCAUGCGAUCCCCGACACGAGAGAUCCUGCUGCUGCAGCUACAAUCCCUCCGCAGACACCAAAGACGACGAGAUACACGACUUGGACUUCGCCCUGCGUAAACUCUCGGUAAUGAAGUGUCAAAUGAAGAAGUGGAGGCUGGAGAGGCUCCAGCUCGAGAGCGAAUCUCGUUCCCUGAAGGAGAAACUCCAAUCUCUAGGCGUCGUCCCCCACGAGCCCCUCCAGACAGACCCCCUCCUCGUGCAUUACCGUACGGAAAACCUCCGCCUGGAAUCCGCAAAAGCGGACCUGGAAGACAAGAUCAGAGACCUCGAGGAAACCCUAGCCGAGCAUGAACUCUACUCGAGCCCGUGUGACGGCGCCCGAGUGAUUCGCGAGAAGAUGCGGGUGCUCCGCGAGCAAUUCCGCUUCGACAAGAAAAAGUUGAGAGAUAAGAUAGCAGAGCUGAGGGUGCGACUGGCCGACGCGGAGGACGAGACAUCCUGCGCUGGUGUGAAUCGCCUGCGGGCAAAACUCCGAGAUUUCACGAGGACGCCGCGGCCGGAGGAGAGUGACAAAGGAGAAUGUCAAAUUACAGCGGCCGCUGAAAGAAUCGAGGGACAAAUGAUGUUCGCCGGUAGUUGCGAUGAGAUGAGAGACGAGUACGCGAGAAUUCUACUGGAAAAUGAGAGACUAAAACGCGAAUUUGGGAUGAGGGGGAUGAAUGGAGUGGAGAAUGGUGUUGUUGAGGACACCAACGACGAGAUUAUCGGGGACAAAGGGAGGGAAUGGAGAAAAACGGGGGAAAUGUCAAAGGAGUCGGGUGCGGAGGGCUUUGGGGGAGAUGAAGGAGAAGUGGAGAGUUCGAUCCUUAUGGGUUCUGCCACUUUGGGGGAGGCGGAGGGCUGGGGGAGGGAGUGUGAAGAUGCUGUGGAGGAUUUGAGGAGAAAAUUGAGGGAGAAGGAGGCGGUUAUUCAGGGACUGCAGAAACGAAUGUCUGAGGAUGCUGAUAGAAUGACUGUGAGCCACAGAGUGGUGAUGGAGGAGGUCGCUGCGGCCAAGGAGGAGCUGAGGAAGAGGGAUGAAAAGAUCCAAGAACUACUAGGAACCCUCGGUCGAAGUUCCCUGGACUUGCUCGGAAUGUCGUCAGUUCAGAGUGAGAUAGAAGUGAUGAAGCCCCAGCUGUACGAUCUAUCAAUAGAGCGUGAUAAAUUAUUAGACGAAAUCCAAAAAGUCCGUGGAGUCGUGUCAGACAGAAACGAUCAAAUUAUCGAGAUUCUGGAGCAACGUGACAAGCUAUUAGAUGACUCAAGCGCCAAGAUAGCAGCUUUACAAGCUAGGAUAGAUGCCCUGCUGGGACAGGAGUUGGUCUACCGUAGAGAGAUUGAUGGGCUCAAGGAUCAGGUUGACGAAAGGGAGAUACGUGAGACAGAGCUGAGGAAUAGAAUUGCUGAAUUGCUGGGACAAUGCGAUAACACAAGUGUCCUCGAGGAUAGAAUUAGAAGCCUCGAGGAGGAACUCAAACGGGCUAAUAAUAAUAAUGACGUCACUGAGAAUUCACUUGAUGCAUUGCGCCGAAAUUCCAAACUGCUGAAUGAUGAAAAAAUAAAACUGCUGGAUAAACUUGCGGAAGCGGACGGAGAGACCGACGAGUUGAGGCGAAAAGUUGAAAAGUGUCACGGGGAGUGUAAAGACUUGAGAGAACAGAAUGCCAUUCUUCAGGGUGAAAUCGAGGAGAUGAAGAAACAUGCCGAGAAACUCAAGGAUGAAAAUACUGAUUUGAAAUUAACUUGUGAUAAUCUUGUUGGGGAUAAGAAUAUUUUAGCUGGACAGAGGGAUGAACUCGAUAAUGAGCUCGCGAGGAUGAGGGGAGAAGGUUCUAAAUUGAUGGAGGAGAUCAGGAACUGCGACUCUGAGCGCGAAAAAUUGGGGAGUGAGAACGUCGCGCUCAAAGACGAACUCGAGAAGCUGAAGAAAAUUUUUGAUUCGUUGAAGAGUGAAAAUGAAGAGUUGAAGCAUUCCCUUGAGCUCAAGUCGGCGGAGAACGGUGAUUUGAAGUUGACUUGUGAGAAUCUUCUGGGGGAAAAGAGUAAUUUGUCUGGGGAGAGGGAUAAACUCGAUGAUGAGCUCGAGAAGAUGAGGAGAGAGGGAUCUAAAUUGAUGGAGGACAUCAGGAAUUGCGACUCUGAGCGGGAAAAAUUGGGGAGUGAGAACGUCGCGCUCAAAGAUGAACUCGAGAAGCUGAAGAAAAUUUUUGAUUCGUUGACGAGUGAAAAUGAAGAGUUAAAGCAUUCCCUUGAGCUCAAGACGGCGGAGAACGGUGAUUUGAAAUCAACUUGCGAGAAUCUCCUAGAAAGUAAAAGCAGUUCAGAUGAGGAGAGGAGUAAACUCUCGUCUGAUCUUGAUAAAAUAACCGCAGAAGUAGAAAAAUUGCGGGAGCAGCUGAAGAGCUGCAAUUCCCAAAUAGACAAGUUACAGACCGAAAACUCAGAAUUUCUGAAUCUCAAGGACGAGGUUGAGCGCCUGAAGAAGGACUUGCAAUCUCUCCAGGCCGAGAAUGAAAAAUUGAAGAGUUUCCUAGACGAUAAAGAGUCAGAAAACAGUAGAUUGAAGACAGACUUGAUGGACUUGUCCCUGAAGAACAAAGAACUGACGGCUCAACUCGAAGAGAUCUUGUUAAAGAAUGAAGAAUUGUCUGAAUCACUAAAAGAUUUUGCUGAGUCCUCAAACAACCUUGAAAAUCAACUGAAGAACCUCCAAUUCUUGAACGCUGACUUGGAGAAAAGUCUCAAUAAAGCGAAUUCCGAGAUAACUUCCUUAACCAAUACUGGAGAUGCAGCUAAAGGAGACCUCGAGGCCUUAAAAUCCGAACUAGACAAGCUGAAGGACGAGUUAUCUACUCUAAAAUCUGAUCUUGGAGCUUGCAAAUCAGAAAAUGACACGUGGAAAUCAAAAUCGUCAGGACUGCAAGAUGAGAUAGAUCGGCUGAAGGGACUUUGCGACGAUCAGAAAGAGCGUUUGGAGGCUCUGGAGACCUCCCUAUCGUCCGCGAGAGCGGAAAGGGACAAGUGUCUGUCAGAACUCGACAGAUUAAACCCAUUAACCCAAGACAAUGCAGAUUUGAAGGAUAAGCUGAAGGAACUGGAGUCGCUGAAGGAGUCCCUAGCCUCUGAUAACGAAAGAUUGCAGCUCGACCUUGAGCGAAUGAAGCAGAAGGCCGAAGCUUGCGAGCGAGAAUUGUCGGUUCAGAAGGUCGAGAAGGAAAGAGUAGAGAUGGAAUUACAGAAACAGACGGACGACGUCAAUGCACUCAGGAAGAAUCUCAGUGACUCUCAGGAUCUCCUUAAAUCCCUUGAGUUUAAAGACUCUGAGUUGAUGUCAUCAAAGGAAAAACUUGAGAGUGAAUUGGCGAUGGUUACAGAUGCCAUUGAAAAACUGAAGGAACAAUUGGGGUUGGUGACUGCUGCUAAAGAGGCCACUGAAUUGGAAUUAUUCACGUUGAAGGGGGAGUUGAAGGAUCUGUUAGCCAAGUUGGAGGAAACAGUCAAUAAGAAUCGAGAGGUGGAGGAUGAAAGGGAUGAAUUGACGCGACAAUUGAUUAAUUUGCAGGAGAAAUUGUCGGAGUGCAUUGCUGACGGAGUUGAUUUGAAGAAAGAAGUUGGAAGAUUGAACUCCACUAACAACACCUUGAACUCCGAAAACGAGAGACUGAAGAGUGAAGUUGAUCAACUAGCUGCUGACGUCGACUUCUGGAAGAUGGAAAAAUGUAAAGUUGGAUUAGAAGUCGAUAAGCUCAAGGGUGAUCUAGACAGAAUGAGGAAGGAUCUGGAGAGCAGCAGGGGGAGAGUUGGCGAGCUUGAGGAGAUUAAUCUACAGUCUGAAGCCUUGAAGUCCGGAGUUGAUGAUCUCCAGAGGCUUCUGGACGACGAGAGGAAGUCAAAUGAAAGGAGUUCGGUUAAAAUCAGAGAUUUGGAGGCUGAACUUGACGCUUUGAAGACUGCCCUGAUGACCUGUCGGAGGGACAAUGAGAAACUGAGCUCUGACCUAGAGGAGUCCGCGAAGAAGAUAGCUUCGUUGAAGGAUUCCUCGGACAAUCUAGCCAACGAGCUGUCUUCUUUGAGGAAUCGUCAGGAGGAAUUGCAGGCUGAGAACCAAAAACUGACGGCUGACUCCCUCGCGGGCGGGGACUCCCAAGCCUUGAAGGACGAACUCUCUACCCUGAAGUCAGAAAACGCAGGGUUGAAGAGCAAAAACGAUGACUUGAGCUUGGAGAAUUCAAAGCUGAAAGAGGAACUGGAAAAAUCCAAAUCAGCGCUAUCGAUUUCCGAAGCUAGACUAAAGGAUUUGGAGUCGUCGCUGAAUGCCCUGAAGUCCGAAAAAGACAGUCUUCUCGCCGAGUUGAGUAACUUGAGAAGCCAGGGAGAUGCACUGAGAGGUGCUCUAGAUAGAACUGAGACGCAGACCACGCAAAUCGAUGACCUAAACCUCGAAUUGUCAGCUUUAAAAGAUGAACUGGAGAAGUCUCGUCAAGAGGGUGAGAAAUGUAGAGCAGAGCUGGAUAGCCUGAGAAAAAAUAUCGCCUCGCUACGGGAGGAGAAAGAAGGGGUGGAGAGUGAACUUGAAAAAUGCAAGAGUGAAUUUGCCAAACUCUCAUCAGAAUCCCAGGAUCUGAGGACGAGAUUGUCUUCCCUGGACGAGGAGGCAAAGGGUCUACGAGCCGGCAACGACUCGCUGAAGAGGUCUCUGGAGGAGGCCGCGGGGAGAGCCAAGUCCCUUGAAGCCGAGGGAAACAAAUUAAAAGAGGAAUUAGAGAAAGCUGGAGAUCAAAUAGGUGACCUGGCGAGAGAGAAGUCUUUGAAGGAGUCGGCGCUCGAAGAAUUGGACGCCCUCAAGAAAUCCUCAGCAUUGACAGAUAAAAAAGUAAAGGAACUAGAGUUGGAGCAUGAAAAAUUACUCCAAGAAUUACAAAAAUUGAGAAAUCAAUCUGGUGAUGCUGAUAAAGAGAGAGCGUCAAAAGAAACAGCACUGAAGGAGUUGGAGGCCCUUAAGAACACUCUAGCAACUCUCAGAAAGGAUCUGGAGGCCAGCAGAGCAGCCGAGAGUCGUUUAAAAAAUGACCUAGAAGCGGCAGUAAACGAUUCAGUGAAAUUAAAUUCAGAGCUGGAUAUGAUUAAAGCGGAGAAUGUACGUUUGUCAAACGACAUUGAGUCAGCAAAGAGCGAUGUGAACCGUGGAAAACUACUGUUGAGUGAGUUGGAAUCGAGGAAUACCAAACUUGAGGGGGAUCUCGAUGCGGCGAGAAGUGAAACGAUGAAAAUUAUGGGGAGAAUGCAAAGUGUCAGUGCUGAGAAUGAUAGACUGAAGGAUGAUAUUGAGGGGUUGAAGAGAGAGAUGGCGAGAAUUCAGGAGCUCGAGGGGGCGUUAAAGCUGAGGGACGAGGAUAGAGAGAGUAUGGAGAGGGAGAUGAAACGUUUGAGAGAUGAGAAUGAGAGAUUGAAGGGCGAUCUUGGGAAUAUGAAGCGCGAUUUAUCCAGAGUUGAUGAUGAUUUGAGAAGGAAAACAGUCGAGGCUGAAGGUUUUGAUGAAUUGAGGAGAGAGAUACAGGGACUGAGGGAUGCGAAUAAAAAAUUGGAGAGUGAUUUAAGAACAAGAACGGAAAAUGAUUUACUGAGGGAUGGAGUCGACGGAUCGCGAAUGAAUGACCUCGCCAAUGAAUUGGAGAAGCUGAAAAGGGAGAAUGAGGGCUUGAGGGCAGGAGGAUCGGCUCCAGCUCGCGGUGACCUUGAAGGGUUGAGGAGGGAGAUCGAUGACUUGAGAGCGGAGAAUUCAGGGCUGAAGAGGGAGGAUGCGAAGGGACUGAGGGACGAGUUGGAGCUGUUGAAGACGGAGGUCAACAGGCUGAAAGGGGAGAAUGACAUUCUCAGGGGGGGACUGGAUGACUCGGGUUUGCAGAGAGCUCUGGAUGAAUUGAGAAGGGUUAAGCAAACCGGUGAUGAUUUGAGGAGGGAAAAUACCAAGUUGAGGAGGGACAUUGAGGAGUGUCAGAGGGAUCGCGAGAGGCGGAGGCUGUCGACUGUUAGAAGCACUGACAGAACGUCAAUACCACGGGCCGGGGGUAGUGGUGAGGUGGCGCGAGAUGAAUUCUUCAUGGCGUUGGACGCACUGAAACAGAGAUUCGAUCGGCAAAUCAAUGACGUCAAUGGCAUCAGGAGGAUGAUCGAUUUGCUGGGGAGAGGGGUGUGGGAGGAUCAAACUGAGUCUGGUGAUACUUUUGGAUCGAUUGACGUGCGCAAUUCUGACAUUGCGGGGGUUAUUGGAUUAUCGGAAGAACUUUCUGGCGCUAUUGCGAAGGCCCAGGAGGAGCUCAUUGUGUUGGGGAGGAAAUCUCAAGCAGCUCCCCGAAGUCCCCCGCCCCAUCCAAAUGCCGAUGUUUUUGACCCAGAGUCAUGGCUGCAGUCCCUUCCCCUGACUGCACUGGCGGAUCUGCACGAAAGAAUUUGUGAAUUAACGUCGUCCGUCGUCGGAGACGAUCAGGACGACUACGACACCCUGAACAGGAGGAUUGCAGCACUGCAGCGCGAAAUACUGGCGAAGCACGAGGAGGCCGAGGCGAAGGUGAAAAAAAUGCGCGAGACGCUGCGCCGCGAGCAGGGGGAAUUAAUUAGAAUCUCCGAGGCGAUGAAUCGCCAACGAAAACGCAAUCUAUCCCUCCACCUGACACUCGACGGAUCUCCCUGCUGGAUAAACGACUGCAAAGCCGACUGCAAUGAUCACCCAAACAUCAGAGAAAAUUUUGAUGAUUAA